CACAGCAGAACAUUUGUCAAAAUACAGGCUUUGGCCGAAAUGUGAUUUUACCUGAGUGAACUUGAAUACGCUAUUUAUCUAAGAGGUUGAUCAGUAACGAAGUUAAAAGAAAAAAUUAGGAAUGUUUUCUAUAGAGAACGAUUCUGAUGUUGUCGUGUGCCCCUAUAAUAAGGCCCAUCGUUUGUUGAGAAAGCGAUUGCAACCUCAUCUAAUCAAAUGUCGUCAAAAUUAUCCACAACUUGAACUACAAAAAUGUCCUUUUAACGCAACACAUCAUAUACCGGAGCCUGAAUUUGCUCUUCAUGUCACCAACUGUCCUGAUCGAAAGCUUAUAACACAAUAUAAAUAUGAUACAGUGGAGCCCAAAGAGGAAGAACGCGUUAGACAUGCCCCAAUUGAAUGCGAAGAGAAUUGGGAUGAUACAGAAGUGGAAGACUACAAUCCACAAAAAUAUAUAGACCAGAAAAAUGUCCUCAGAAAACCUUUUGGAGUUCCUCCGUCACAGCGCAAGGAGUUUAUAAAACAAGAGCGAAAAAGAUUGGGCGAUAAUGAAAGUUAUAGUGACAGUGAUGAAGAAGAAGAAACUGAAAAAAUAGAAACGUCGAAAAAAAAAGCUAUAAAGGAAGAAAAUUUUGAGGAGGCAGAGGCACUUGAGCCGAAACGUGAAAUUUCACCAUCACCACCUCGUGAAGUUAAAUCAAGGUAUGAACGCAGACCUAGGACACGUAGUCGAUCUCCAGUUUCGGCUUACUACAGACGCAUUCAUGGCCGUGAGUCGCAAUCUCCUCCACCGCCUCCUCGUUAUAGAGCUAGUCCUGUUCGUGAACGCUCGCCUAUUUACAAUAACCGAAGAGCACCAUCGCCUGCGGCUUAUGAUAUAGAUGAUGAUCCCUACUACAAUGGCGGUAGGGGAUCUUCUAAUGAAGACACCAGUACUAGCAAAGAUUAUGGUCGACCAAGAUACGAAGCAGAUUUAUAUACACCAGAUGCUUAUCGUGCUCCUCCUCUUGUUGCAUAUCCGACACGUAUGCCGUCAUAUGGACGCGGAGCAUUUCGUGGAUAUCCUUAUGAUCGUCGGAAUGAUUCGCGCUCCAGUGAUUUUCGUAAUUAAUUUUAGUUUGAAAUACAUAUAAUGGUGAUUUCGUUUCUUCCAAAAAAUGUUGCCCUUCCCCGAAGCAAAAAGUGUAAAUAGGCAUGUUUUAACCUUCUUUCCUUGUCUAUCUCGCGCAUUCCAUAAAAUUUUCGUUUUAAACAACCAUCUGAUUUUCGGAGCAACCAUCUUCCCUGACAAAGCUUCACAGGGCAGAGAAUUUGCCUUUUUUUGGCUUACAAGAGGCAUUUUAAAAAACAAACACAAAAUUUUCUCACCCUUCGCCUUUAAUUUAGAAUCGAGCACGAAAAGAGAAAGGCAAAGGAAAUCAAAAGGCAGCAUUCCUUGGUAGAAACGAAAACACCAUAAAAUUAGAUUCUGAUCAUGAAAGUUUUUUUUUUUUAUGUAAACGUAAGUUAUUUUAUCCUAGAGCAUGCUAUUAAUUUUGUGACUAAAAACUUAUCAUGUUUCUUAUUAUCAAUUUUAAAAAUAUUUUUUUAUUUUCGAUUUCGUACAUCUAUUUGAUGGUUUAGUUGCAUAUCUACGUUUUGCUAGUACGGUGUUUUAGGCGAUGUAACAGCCAACCGUUAGUUGAAAGCAACUUUUGAUUCCAUUAAUCGCCUUUUAAACACCGUAUACACGAUUUCAAAUAUUUCGUCAGGUUCUGCUAUUCACUUCCGAGUGAAUUUGAGUCAAGUUCGCUUUGAAUUCAAAUUGGCAGAGGAUAAGAUUCACUCGGAAGUGAAUUGCAGAACCUGCCCGAUUAUGAUUUUUUAAUGUCCCAUUGAUUAUUGUCCCGUUUAGGUAUUGUCAAAUAAUUUAAGUCGCAUCACAAGUAUAUAUUUAGAAUUUAUUAAGUGAAAACUAAAAACAAUUCAUUUUAAAUAAAGAAAAUUCAGAGAA